UAUUAAGCCACCAAUAACUGGCUAUGGCACAGUGCACGCAAACAGCGUUCGAGUUUAUACAGAGCGCAUUUUGCCCGAUGGUUGCAGUGAUGUGUAGUGAGGAUGCUGAUAAAGUUUGCCAGAAAAACAACUUAAGCUUCGUGGAAAUGGUGCGACCAUUUUGUCAUCUUACGAGUGAAGGUAAUUAUUAUAAGAUUAAGAUAGCCUUGUUAGUUUUUAGAUCAUCGUUUGUGCUAUAGUUAAUGAGUUUUUGUUUGAUAAAUAAAUACCAAGUACUAAAAGGCUGUAAAACGUCGUCAAUGCAUUCACUUAAUCGUUGAAUGUAAGUAAUUAUCGAUUAAUUAACCGUUGAUUUUGCGUUGAACUUAAUAAAUUUUUAAUUGUUGAUUUCCCUUCCAGCGGCAUUGUUGUAAAAUGUGUUGUAAUUAUUAUUCUUCGAGCAAUCAAAAAGUCGAUUCACAGUCACAGUUCCAAAACUAUGUACCUAAGUCAACUAUGGUGAAUUUCAUUUUUUUUUAUUAAAAUUAAACUAAAACAUAAUGAUCCAUUUGUAAGGUAUGAUAAUCAGCAUGUAGUUAUCUUUGCCAUUCAUUUACCAAGCUUGAAAUGAACCAUCUUUUUGUAUUUCAUGAACCGUUAUUUCAUGAGCCAUGACUGUAGUUUUGAAAGCCACAGGCCCCGAUUGUUCAAGCUUUGGACAGCACUAUCCACCAGAUAAAUCGUUAUCCAAUUGAUAAGUAUUAGAGAAAUCAAUUGCAUUUUCCUGUGGAAAACAAUUUAUCUAAUGGAUAGAGUUUUCCACUUUUUGAACAACUGGCUGCUGUGCUGAGGUAGAAUCAGGGUUCGCAAAUACGCCAAAUUUGGCGUAUUUUACCCCAAAAUUGUUCAAAUGACUCCACUGAGGUUACGGAGGAAGUCACUUCGACUCCAGAAAUCUUCGGUAACAAACAUAGUUUUGUCCUUACCUUUUUCGCAACAAAUACAAUUUACGUUAAUUGUAAACGUUGUAAACCUUAAUUAAAUCAUCGAAAUUAAAGAAUUAUACUGCACGACCAAAAAACAGGAAGAGGGUAAAUUAUGAUGAAAGGUGUAUCCCUCACGAUAGUGUCAACAUGCCAGGACCACGUGCUGGAAAGUCUGUUUGGCUUUUUUUGUUGUGAUACUUGACUCCAAAUAUUCCAAAAUGACUCCAAAACUUGUGAACCAGAAGUCACACUGACUCCACUCAUCAAGAAAAUUUGCAAACCCUGUAGAAUUUUGGAUCUCUCUUUCGAAUGUCCAUCCCCCCCANCAAACAUAGUUUUGUCCUUACCUUUUUCGCAACAAAUACAAUUUACGUUAAUUGUAAACGUUGUAAACCUUAAUUAAAUCAUCGAAAUUAAAGAAUUAUACUGCACGACCAAAAAACAGGAAGAGGGUAAAUUAUGAUGAAAGGUGUAUCCCUCACGAUAGUGUCAACAUGCCAGGACCACGUGCUGGAAAGUCUGUUUGGCUUUUUUUGUUGUGAUACUUGACUCCAAAUAUUCCAAAAUGACUCCAAAACUUGUGAACCAGAAGUCACACUGACUCCACUCAUCAAGAAAAUUUGCAAACCCUGUAGAAUUUUGGAUCUCUCUUUCGAAUGUCCAUCCCCCCCAACACCAAUAUAGACACCUAUUUAAAGAAAUGGCUUUUCAAAAAUUUUUUUUUUGACAUGGAGACACGCAUCCAAUGGGGCAUUAAGAACUUGUUGUCAGAUAGCCUGGGACUAGUGGUGCAGCCCAUAAUGUUAGAGAGUUGUCCUUUGGACAAGCAAAAUUUUUCAAGCUAAAGUAAAAUAAUGUUAGUGAAAAGGGGGGUUGGUAGUGUACAUGACUGUUCCAGGGGCACAUUUCUCGAAAGUCCCGAUAAUUAACGGGCCCGUAUAUCUGUUGUUGUUUACAUGCAAGGUAGAGGUUUCAGUAGUUUUGCAUCUAAUGUGAUAAAACUAUCAGUUAAUGAAACAGAAUGGAGUAGUUUGCUACCCAGAACCCAUGCUCUUAUUCUUUAUAUUUCGAUUUGAAAAUUUGUUUUUGGGCCCGAAACGUUACUGGGGCUUUCGAGAAAUGGGCCACAGGCUAGUAAACCUUAGCAAAGGCUUGCACAAUGUUCUUCAUCUCAGCUUGAUUCAAUCUCGAAUGAAGAACUACAUUAGGAAAGUGCAAACAAGAAAAAAGUGGCAACCAUAUGUACAUAUACAUUAGCUGAAUAUUAUUUAUGAAAUAAAUAUUUAGGUCACGGAUGUACAAUGUACCAUGAAGGCAUUAUAAUCUUAUGCAAAAAAGUAAUAGUGCCAUACAGUAUUGUUAAUAUUUAUUUACACAACCAUUUAUGCAUUGCACCUUGUGUUACUUGAAUUGUAGCUCAUGCCCGCGAUCCCUCUGGUGUAAUCCAUGCUGUGAGAAACUGGCGCAUCAGGCUGGUUGAAAUGUCAGCAACACAUCCACCCCAGCAUGUUGUGAAUAAACUUUUGAGUGAAGUUGUGUCACGAACUCAGCCAUUAAAUACUGAUCCUAGCACUUUGACUCCUGAAGCACAGAUGAAAGGUAAGAAAAUGAAGAACAACUGGGCUGACAUUAAGGUAAUGAGGUGUUUUGGUAAAUGUUGACAUCUAUAUGUGAGAAAAAUUUAUGAGCCAUUUAUUUGUCACCAUUUUAUUUAUGUUUUCUUAAGAUAAACAAUAUAAGGCUUUUUAGUUAGUUGAGUUAACCCAUUCCCCUGGAAAUUUUGGUGAAAAACACGGCUUGAGGCUAGUAGAGCCAUUUUCUAAUCAGCCUAAACUGCUUGAAACAUUGUUUACAAGUCAUGUACUAUGCUACCUUUUGUUCCCAAUUACAUCGUUUUGAAAAUUUUGGGUGGGUAUGUAGAAGGCAAAAUUUUGAGUUUUUUUUUUUAAAGUGACAUAGCCCCCUUGAAUUUUACCUUCCACAUUUUCUCCUGGGACCACAGUUUGGUGUUUGUUUAUGGAGGUGUCUGUUAUCAGAGGUUCGACUGUAUGUAAAUGUACAUGUAAGCUCAGUAGGUGUUAAUAGUGAUGGAAGUGGGUUAGCAACAAGCGACUGUGAUCACUUUUAACAUGUUUUAGCUGAAAAUUCAUAUGCUAUCUCUGUUUCAGAACUUUUUCACUCCUAUAAAUUGCUUUUCAGUUGGUUAUAAGUGUGUACCUGCUUGUUUCUGGUCUGUUUAUGUCUUUACAGCCUCUGCACCUUGGUUUGAAGCAUUUCGAGAUUGCUUUUUUCAACUAGUGAAGCCAUCUGAUCAUGAAUUUAUCAGACACUUUUUAGCUUGUAUCCUUAAGGCAAAUUUUAUUUUUAUUUGUGUCUGGGUAUUGUUAUUUGUUAAAAAACUAGUUACUGUCGUACUGAAAAUAAUGUAAAUCAAAGUACAGGGAUGUUGGAGCCUCCCUAUCAGACCUGACACUUGUUUGAGACUGAAAUUCUUACAGUCAUUGACAGGAUUGUCUAUAUCACUUUUUAACUGGCUGAUUUUGUUUAUGAAAUACGUGUUGCAUUUUACCACUGAACUAAAUUCUGGGAUAUUCAAAAAUGUAAAACUGGUUUUGGGUACCCUCCUAUGAUCUGUUUACCUCAGCUUGCAAGGCAGUAUUUCCUGCACCAUUGGCGACCGGCGUUUACAGAUUGAGAAACACGUGAGAAGUAAUUUGCCACAAAAAAGUUCAACAGUCUUUUCUGAACCAAAGUUUGGACUCCCACCACCACCCAAUCAAAAAUUCCUGGAUCCAUCCCUCAGGGCUCGACGUUGCGACCCGUGGGGUCGUCAAUGCGACCAGCUUUUACUCAGUGGUGAGCAAGUUUUCAUGCCUGGUCGCCAACCUGGCCCCCAAGAUAGGUGACUUUCUUCUUUGGGAAAACGUACACUGAUGAUAAUCGGUUAUCCUUCACAAAACUAAAUCCAUUAAUUCUUAAAUAUAAUUUUUGUUGACCAGAAUACUUGUUCUGGUGACAAAAAAUGAAAACUUGAGGGCCAGCUGGACCCAAGAUUUUUUUCUGAAAGUCGAGCACUGCCCCUGUAUAUUUUCCUUAGCUACAUCCCUGAAAGAAUGAAAUUGAACCAUAACAUCUCUUGCUUUGACAGGGCUCUCACUAAGGACCCAGGGUGUGGGGAUUUCACCCCACUUCUAUAAGCAUGACCCCUAGUUACUUUCAUAAGAAUUUGAAGGAAUAUAGAAUUGAUUUCCUAAAUGAUCAAUCCCCGCCUAUCAAUUGCAUAUACCUACUAACUUGAAAUUGUAGUGACAGUCCUGUUUGAUCAGUCCAUAGCAUUUUAGUUUUCCUUGAUAACUGUGAUAUUAUUGAAGGUCUCAUAGUUGUAUCAUCUCACCAUCCUGACCCCAUGAAUGCAUUUGCCACCAUGAGCUCACAGCAGUUAGAGCAGCAGUCAGAACAACAUGGCCAUUUCAGAUGGUUCACCAGCACUGUGUUUAAGUAUUACCUGCUUUUACAUGAUGUCAGUGUUGGAGAAGAGUCGAAGUAAGGAUGCUGCAAUAAUGUUCAACCUGACUUGUGGCUUUUAUUUAUUAAAUAAUCAUUUAAAAAAAUUCAAACAAACAUAUAUUGUAUGCGUGACUUAAAACCCCAGCUAGUGAACUGGAUCAAUAUUUUAUAAACAUGACUGAGAUGUUGAAAUUUGAAAACAUUAUGUAUAAAGAAACAAAUUUACCUAGUGUUCAGAUUGUGACUCAGAUCAUGCCUUUCAGACUGUGAGUUUUAUGCACUGACCUUCAUGUGUACAUGGGCUAGUUGGAUUCUCUCUUAAUCACCGUUUCAUGGGCGUUUGACUGUAUGGAGCUAAGUUUCCUGUUUAGAAAAAUAACAUGCAUUCAUGAACAUGAUGGCGGCCUGGCUAAGCUGUCAGCUUGCUAACCUAGUUGUUCGAAAGGUAGAUAACGUAAAGGCUGCAUGAGGGGAACAUGCAAAGGGGAGAGGAGGCUUCUUCUCCUUUCAUCCUCUCGCACGUGUUCAUCCUCAAAUUUUCUCUUUUCUCCCUAAAAAAAUACCAGUGCCUGCUACGCAACUAUGGAUAACUCUAUCCCUGGAAUAAAUCUCUAUCCACUAUCCAGAUAGUGCAAUAAUAAAAUCAUUGGUUUGCCUAAUACUUAUUGUCUAGGUAGUGAUUUAUCUCGUGGAUAACACUAUCCAGCUUUUGAGCAACUGUAGGCUGAUCUGAAGUCAUCGACCACUGAAUCACCCGUGUUCACUUUGUAUGUCAUGUAUGUCUUACAUUCUUUGAUAUGCUUUUCAGGGCUGAGGCUGUUUAUCAAAGCAUGAAGUCUGUCUAUGGUUCAAAUGCUUGUCACCUUUUACAGAUCAAUUCUGUGCAUCACACAGGAACCAAUCCCAGACCUAACCUGCCUGAUCCAUGGAGUCAGUUUAUCAUACCAACUAGUGAGGACACUUUGGUAAGAGACUACAUUUAUGUAGUUCUGUGUUGUUUAAUUGUGUAUAGUAUAGUUUAUAUAUAUAGAAUUCUGAUAGAUUAACUUUACUUAUGAGAGAGUUUAAGCUUCACGUAUAUGACAAACGGCAAACAUCAAAUUCAAGCUGAGAAUUUACUCAAAAUAGAAAAUGAGGGGACAAAAACAUCUCAAAAUAAUUCUUAUGGAUAAAAAAAUAUCAUUACAUGAAACCACUAAUUUAUGUGUAGAAAUAAUGGAAAGUAAAAUAAAUGACAAUUUAAGGGAAAACUUGGUCAUGUGGUACAAAUUCGUAUUUGCCUUUUGACGUAAGUGUGAUGCUUAACCUCUUUGUUGCUUUUCCUUUAACCAGGACUGGGAUGAUGAUGAAGUAGGUGCUGAUACCCAGACAGUGGAAGAUGAUCCUGAGAACUGUGCUGUUGAUGAGAACUUCGAUCCUGAGGCUGCUGUUGAAGAAACAGAGGGAGGACCUGGGCGUGUGCGCAGCAGUUCUGGUCCAAUUCUGAUAGGUCCACUGUCAUUUGAUGACAGCCCUGAACCAGAGGACAAACUAGAGAAUGAAAUACCCCAGAAGAAUCUUUCAGGGAAGCAAACCCCAAAACACCAUCAUCAUCUUGCAAGCCAUUAUCGAUAUUUUUCCAGCCGUCAUUUCUCUGGGGGUACAAGGGGCUCAUCAGCUCAAAGAAAUCAUGGGCUGUGUUUGAGUCUUAGUGAUCACGACAGGAUAAAGAUAUUUGUUCAUGAGCUGGGUUACAGAGGAUUAUUGCAGUACAUUGAGAGGCUAAUGAGACACCUUAAUGAGCAGGUACACUGUACACAUUGUGUAAAGUUGGGGUGUUUUUAGUGAAACUCUUUAUUCACAAGAUUGCUUCAUGAAAAUCAAAAUUUUAUAGUCAAACAGCAAAACCGUGAACACUUGAAAUGUUUCAGAAAUGUUUACUGUGUUACAACCAAUCACAGCCAAGAUCAGGACACGCUAACUAGCCAUAAAACCAUAAACUAAUUAAUGUUCUUGCUUGUGGUUUAGUUUCUCAUUCCUGAUUGGCUUUUUUCUUGCAACACAGUACCAUUCCAGAAGUAUUUCUCGUUUGCACAGUUUUGCUGGUUUGACUGUAAAGUUUCAAAUGUCAUUUAAAAAAAAAAAAUAAAAAAAACAUUAAGCAUUGUGUAUAAGUGCUGCCAUACAGGUUUCAAUUCAAGCUUUCAAUGCAGAUUUUUGUCACCAGACUCAUGCCUCUUGCAAGAGAUUCUGUCCUUUGGAUUUUCCAAAAUUUUCACAUAUCCCCUAAAAAAUAAAUGUUCCAUCUUUAUAAGUUCACUGAAAAAUAAAUAAUGUGAAAUUAUUUUUGUUAUCCAUAUUAAUCAUUUUUUUAUCUGUUUCAGAUUGUUUCCCGAAAAGGCCUUCAUCGUUAUUUCAGUGGAGCCAAGAAGUGGUUCAGUGGAGGGAAACCUGCUGGGCUUGCUUCUGGAUUGGUUCCAGGAAUUAUGUAAGUUUUAUCUUGUAAAAGCAAUGUAACACAAGCCCUUCUUAUACAAAAUAAAAACUCUAAGAGGACCAUGGCAGAGAUCCAUGUUCUCAGUCGUCUGGUCAUCCCAGACGACUACAAUCUCGUACAGACAAUUACAAGAUAACUUCAAAAAUUGCCCUUCGGACAAGUGAGGUUAAUAGCAAACUUUUUUAUGUUAAUUUCAGCUACACCAGUGAUGCCCCAGAAUUGUAUCAGCGCAAACUGGGUGACCUAGCUUUUCUAGUGCAAAAUUACGAGCUAGCUUACAACUGCUACCACACGGCCAAGAGAGACUUCAAUAAUGAGCAUGCUUGGUUUUAUUUUGCUGGAGCACUGGUAAGAAUGACAAUGUUGCCAUUAAUUUUCAACUUAAAUAGAGAUUACAUAGAAAUAAUAUUACAGUUAACACUCUCUAAGGUGGACUCCUUUGGGACCAGCACUACUUGUAUGCGCUGUCUUAGAGAGUCAACUAAAAGGAGUACAAUAAAUGAUCGAUUAAGAGCUGCUACUCGAAUAAGUGUCGCUCUUGAAUAUUUAAUCAUUUGGGUAUUUAAAAAUAACACCCCACCUUUGUUACAGCCCUUUAUAUAAAGAGAUCUCAAAACCAUAUCACUUGAGAAAUGAGACCUCUAUAAACUCGUGAGUUGUAAAGUUUUAAUGUAGCUAGGGAAACUCUUGAAACCAGGUUUUUUAAAUUAACUCUUUAAGUCCCAAUACUGACCAAAAAUGUCCAUAGAUUGUCAAGAACAAAGUCUAUGAGAAUUAAUAAAAUGAUCAUGCAAAGAGAAAAAUCUUUGAUCUUUUAUCAAAUACUCUUAAGUAAUUCUUAAAGGAAGUGUAUGGAGAUCAGUUUGGGGAAGUUGUAUGUUCGAGGUGGACAUAUUUUAUAUUAAAUUGUGCACACCUUACAGUGUAUAAUUAUGCACCUCACAUAAUGGAGAGGAGAAGUCGUUACAUCACGUUGCCAUGGUAGCAAAAUUUUCGGAUGACAACAAAGCAAACAAAGCAAAAUUAGGAGGUUUCAUGUCACAGUCAUGCAAUGAUGGCUAAGAAAAGUACAAAAAAAAAGUUGUUUCGCUAAUGUAAAUCUAUCGGGUAUUUUUUUUGCCCUUCUCUUUACCGUCUCUGUCGUCAUUGCUUAAUCUUGGCCCUAUUGUUGUCAUCCCAAAUUUGGCUACCAUGGUAACUUGACGUCACACUUCUCCUCUCUAUUCUCUCUUUUUUACAUGUAGUUGAAAUAAGUGCCGCUCUUGAAUAAGCGCUGCUCUCGUAUAAGCGCUGCACCUAUAACAGGGAAAAUGAAAUAAGCGCCGCAUGGCCCUUUAUCGAUCAUUUACGGGACCAACUCUUAAACCCUCAUUUUAGCAAGGUGUGAAUCUUAAAGAGGUGUCCAAUAAGAGAGAGAGGUGACUGAAUCAAUGUUUUUCUUCUGCAUUGUAAAAAUUGGAUUCGACCCAUAUGGGUGAUUACCUUGAUCUGUUAAAAAUUAAUUUUUAAUCUUAAAAAAAAGAAAUUAUUGUCUUGUCCUUCUCACUACAAGAAUCCUUGAUUGAAUUGCAUUUAAUUUUGGUUAUUUUUGUUAGGAAAUGGCAGCUAUUUCAGCAUUCAUGGCCUCAUAUCAACGCUCCUACCCCACCCACUACAUGGAGACAUCCAUCACCACCUACCUCAAUGCCUGCAGGUAUUAUGCAUGCAUUAUUAUUUUUUUUAAGGGUAAUUGUUUAAGAAGCAGUUAUAGCACUCGGGGUGGUCGGAUGUACCUCGAGCAGCUCCGCAAGUUUUUCUAUUGUUCAAGUUUAUCCACUGUACAGGUAUAUUUACUUUUAAUGAUGAUAGACAUGAAGCAAUUGAAGAAAGUAAACUACCAAAAUUUCUUGAAGUAAUUUUUUCUCCUUUCGUAAUUUUAGUAAUAUUAAUUACUGUCAUUGUAAUGUUUUUGUGUGACUGUUCUGUCCAGAUUAGCAAAUGCUACUUGUGGACCAGUCUCUUUGUGUUGUAUAUUUACAAUUAUUUAUUCAAAUUAAUUUGAAAGUUGAAGUUGGCCUAAAGUAUGACAUUUGGUAUUCAUACACAUCAGAGUCACUCUAAUGAAAAUUUAAUUGUAAUGUUGUUAGUCAAGCAAAUGUUCUUUGCCAUUUUAACUGUUUGGAUAACCAAUUGAGCUGUUAAAAUACUCUUCCUUGUGUUUGAGGUGAUAAUGAAAUUAUUACUGCUCCUGUACGUGUUAGAUUAUCUUGAAUUGUUGAUGCCACAUGUUAGUGUAAUUGAAGCUGAUCAUUCCUAUUUCAAACAGUAUCGUGUCUCUCUUUUCUCAAUGUGUUCGUAAAUUUCUCCUUUUUCAGACAGCACCAGUUUGCUAUAAGAGCAACUCUCCUUAGCACUGAAGCACUCAAGUCACGUAAUAUCUUUUUGGACCCUGCGAUGCAGUUCAUGAGAAUGACUGCUGAGGUAGAUUAUUAAUUUACAGCUGAAAAGAAUCUGACCCAUCCAUUAAUCUUAACAUCAUUUAAGGUUUUUUGUGAGACAUCAUGGAAGGGGCAGGGAAGAUGAAAGAUCUGGGGUUAUGGAGAGGAGAAUUUUUUACGUCACAUUGUUAUGGAAGCAAAAUUUCUGCAUGACACCAAACCUAAAAUAUCACUUAAAGAGUGAAUUUGCACAGUUUCAAACUUCAUUGAUCUGAUUCAAUUUCAGUUAAUUUGUCAAAUUGUCUAGGGUUGAAUCCAAGAGGACUGUAUCUAAGUUAAAAAAAGAAAAAGAAAACUUUGGUGAACAUUGUGUUUACCUACUCCAUAAAGCAGGCGCUUGAAAUUAGGAAGUUUAACGUCACAGUCAUGCAACAAUGGUUAAAAUAAUUAAUGGCAACAAACCUCAACCUAAACCUUAAAAUAUCUAUUUUUCAGGAUUCUGAUCUUCUGUGUGCCCUUCUUUUGGAGCAAGCUGCCCAUUGUUUUCUUCACACCAAUCCUCCUAUGAUCCGCAAGUAUGCUUUCAACAUGAUUUUAGCAGGUCAUCGGUACAGCAAAUCAGCCCAGGUACAUACACAACUGAAGGGUGCUACCAUUUGUUGGUACAAAUUCGUAUUUGCCUUUUGACGUAAGUGUGAUGCUUAACCUCUUUGUUGCUUUUCCUUUAACCAGGACUGGGAUGAUGAUGAAGUAGGUGCUGAUACCCAGACAGUGGAAGAUGAUCCUGAGAAUUGUGCUGUUGAUGAGAACUUCGAUCCUGAGGCUGCUGUUGAAGAAACAGAGGGAGGACCUGGGCGUGUGCGCAGCAGUUCUGGUCCAAUUCUGAUAGGUCCACUGUCAUUUGAUGACAGCCCUGAACCAGAGGACAAACUAGAGAAUGAAAUACCCCAGAAGAAUCUUUCAGGGAAGCAAACCCCAAAACACCAUCAUCAUCUUGCAAGCCAUUAUCGAUAUUUUUCCAGCCGUCAUUUCUCUGGGGGUACAAGGGGCUCAUCAGCUCAAAGAAAUCAUGGGCUGUGUUUGAGUCUUAGUGAUCACGACAGGAUAAAGAUAUUUGUUCAUGAGCUGGGUUACAGAGGAUUAUUGCAGUACAUUGAGAGGCUAAUGAGACACCUUAAUGAGCAGGUACACUGUACACAUUGUGUAAAGUUGGGGUGUUUUUAGUGAAACUCUUUAUUCACAAGAUUGCUUCAUGAAAAUCAAAAUUUUAUAGUCAAACAGCAAAACCGUGAACACUUGAAAUGUUUCAGAAAUGUUUACUGUGUUACAACCAAUCACAGCCAAGAUCAGGACACGCUAACUAGCCAUAAAACCAUAAACUAAUUAAUGUUCUUGCUUGUGGUUUAGUUUCUCAUUCCUGAUUGGCUUUUUUCUUGCAACACAGUACCAUUCCAGAAGUAUUUCUCGUUUGCACAGUUUUGCUGGUUUGACUGUAAAGUUUCAAAUGUCAUUUAAAAAAAAAAAAUAAAAAAAACAUUAAGCAUUGUGUAUAAGUGCUGCCAUACAGGUUUCAAUUCAAGCUUUCAAUGCAGAUUUUUGUCACCAGACUCAUGCCUCUUGCAAGAGAUUCUGUCCUUUGGAUUUUCCAAAAUUUUCACAUAUCCCCUAAAAAAUAAAUGUUCCAUCUUUAUAAGUUCACUGAAAAAUAAAUAAUGUGAAAUUAUUUUUGUUAUCCAUAUUAAUCAUUUUUUUAUCUGUUUCAGAUUGUUUCCCGAAAAGGCCUUCAUCGUUAUUUCAGUGGAGCCAAGAAGUGGUUCAGUGGAGGGAAACCUGCUGGGCUUGCUUCUGGAUUGGUUCCAGGAAUUAUGUAAGUUUUAUCUUGUAAAAGCAAUGUAACACAAGCCCUUCUUAUACAAAAUAAAAACUCUAAGAGGACCAUGGCAGAGAUCCAUGUUCUCAGUCGUCUGGUCAUCCCAGACGACUACAAUCUCGUACAGACAAUUACAAGAUAACUUCAAAAAUUGCCCUUCGGACAAGUGAGGUUAAUAGCAAACUUUUUUAUGUUAAUUUCAGCUACACCAGUGAUGCCCCAGAAUUGUAUCAGCGCAAACUGGGUGACCUAGCUUUUCUAGUGCAAAAUUACGAGCUAGCUUACAACUGCUACCACACGGCCAAGAGAGACUUCAAUAAUGAGCAUGCUUGGUUUUAUUUUGCUGGAGCACUGGUAAGAAUGACAAUGUUGCCAUUAAUUUUCAACUUAAAUAGAGAUUACAUAGAAAUAAUAUUACAGUUAACACUCUCUAAGGUGGACUCCUUUGGGACCAGCACUACUUGUAUGCGCUGUCUUAGAGAGUCAACUAAAAGGAGUACAAUAAAUGAUCGAUUAAGAGCUGCUACUCGAAUAAGUGUCGCUCUUGAAUAUUUAAUCAUUUGGGUAUUUAAAAAUAACACCCCACCUUUGUUACAGCCCUUUAUAUAAAGAGAUCUCAAAACCAUAUCACUUGAGAAAUGAGACCUCUAUAAACUCGUGAGUUGUAAAGUUUUAAUGUAGCUAGGGAAACUCUUGAAACCAGGUUUUUUAAAUUAACUCUUUAAGUCCCAAUUGGUACAAAUUCGUAUUUGCCUUUUGACGUAAGUGUGAUGCUUAACCUCUUUGUUGCUUUUCCUUUAACCAGGACUGGGAUGAUGAUGAAGUAGGUGCUGAUACCCAGACAGUGGAAGAUGAUCCUGAGAACUGUGCUGUUGAUGAGAACUUCGAUCCUGAGGCUGCUGUUGAAGAAACAGAGGGAGGUCCUGGGCGUGUGCGCAGCAGUUCUGGUCCAAUUCUGAUAGGUCCGCUGUCAUUUGAUGACAGCCCUGAACCAGAGGACAAACUAGAGAAUGAAAUACCCCAGAAGAAUCUUUCAGGGAAGCAAACCCCAAAACACCAUCAUCAUCUUGCCAGCCAUUAUCGAUAUUUUUCCAGCCGCCAUUUCUCUGGGGGUACAAGGGGGUCAUCAGCUCAAAGAAAUCAUGGGCUGUGUUUGAGUCUUAGUGAUCACGACAGGAUAAAGAUAUUUGUUCAUGAGCUGGGUUACAGAGGAUUAUUGCAGUACAUUGAAAGACUAAUGAGACACCUUAAUGAGCAGGUACAUUGUACGCAUUGAGUAAAGUUCGGGUGUUUUUAGUGAUUCUCUUUAUUCACAAGAUUGCUUCAUGAAAAUCAAAAUUUUACAGUCAAACAGCAAAACUGUUAACACUUGAAAUGUUUCAGAAAUGUUUAUUGUGUUACAACCAAUCACAACCAAGAUCAGGACACGCUAACUAGCCAUAAAACCACAAACUAAUUAAUGUUCUUGCUUGUGGUUUAGUUUCUCAUUCCUGAUUGGCUUUUUUUUGCAACACAGUAACAUUCCAGAAAUAUUUCUCGUUUGCACGGUUUUGCUGGUUUGACUGUAAAGUUUCAAAUGUCAUUUUCAAAAAAAAAAAAUUUAAAAAAAAUUUAAGCAUGGUGUGUAGGAGCUGCCAUACAGGUUUAAAUUCAAGCUUUCAAUGCAGAUUUUUGUCACCAGACUCAAAAGUUAGAACUACAUUGUGUGGUGCCUCUUGCAAGAGAUUCUGUCCUUUGGAUUUUCCAAAAUUUUCACAUAUCCCCUAAAAAAUAAAUGUUUCCAUAUUUAUAUGUUCACUCAGUGAAAAUAAAUAAUGUGAAAUUAUUUUCUUUAUUGAUAUGAAUCAUUUUUCUAUCUGUUUCAGAUUGUUUCCCGAAAAGGCCUCCAUCGUUAUUUUAGUGGAGCCAAGAAGUGGUUUAGUGGAGGGAAACCUGCUGGGCUUGCUUCUGGAUUGGUUCCAGGAAUUAUGUAAGUUUUAUCUUGUAAAAGCAAUGUAACAAAAACCCUUCUUAUACAAAAUAAAAACUCCAAGAGGACCAUGGCAGGGAUCCAUACUCUCAGUCGUCUAGUCGUCCCAGACGACUACAAUCUCGUAUAGACAAUUACAAGAUAACUUCAAAAAUAAUUGCCCUUCAGACAAGUGAGGUUAAUAGCAAACUUUUUUAUUUCAAUUUCAGCUACACCAGUGAUGCCCCAGAAUUGUAUCAGCGCAAACUGGGUGACCUAGCUUUUCUAGUGCAAAAUUAUGAGCUAGCUUACAACUGCUACCACACGGCCAAGAGAGACUUCAAUAAUGAGCAUGCUUGGUUUUAUUUUGCUGGAGCACUGGUAAGAAUGGCAAUGUUGCCAUUAAUUUUCAGCUUUUUUACUACUACAUGAAAAAUCUCUGCAAUUUGAUUGUCGUAGAGCAGUGGUAUAAUUUUCAGCUUUAUUUGAAAUACCUACAUGUGAAAAUUACAAACCUUUCGCAGGUAGUAGUAUAAACAAAUAAUAGCAUGAUUUGUACGUGAUAUUUGGCAUAAAUACCACUAGUGAUAGUUGAAAAAAUUGUCUCAAAUUUCACUCGCCUAACUGCUUGUGAAAUUAUAUAUAACAAUUGCGAAAUAUCACUCGUGGUAUUUAUGCCAAAUAUCACUACUAAUCAUGCUAUUACCUAUACAAAUAGAGAUUAAAUAAAAAUGAUAUUACAGUUUCAGUUGUAACUCUCUCUAAGGUGGACUCCUUUGUGACCAGCACUACUCGUAUGUGCUGUCUUAGAGAGAUGUAUCUUGUCUUCUAGAGAGCCAACUAAAAGGAGUACCAUGAUCGAUUAAGAGCUGCUACUCGAACAAGUGUUGUUCUCGAAUAAUUAAUAAUUUGGGUAUUUAAAAUUAACACCCCACCUUUGUUACAGUGCUUUAUAUAAAGAAAUAUCAAAACCAUAUCACUUAAGAAAUAAGACCUCUAUAAACUCAUGAGUUGUAAAGUUUUAAUGUAGCUAGGGAAACUCUUGAAACCAGGUUUUUUAAUUAACAGUUCGAGGUGGACAUAUUUUAUAUUAAAUUGUGAACACCUUUUAUGCACCUCACUUAAUAGAGAGGAGAAGUCGUUACGUCAUGUUGCCAUGGUAGCAAAAAUUUUGGAUGACAACAAAGCAAAAAUUCACUUAAAAAGUAAAUUUGCACUCUUUCAAAUGUCAUCGAUCUUAUUCAAUUUCAUUUAAUUUGUCAAAUGUUGGUGAAAUUUUCUUGAUUCAAUCCGAAAGGGCUGUAUCUGAGUUUAGAAAAGAAAAAGAAACUAUUUGUGUUGUGUUCACCUACUCCAUAAAGCGGGUGUACGAAAUUAGGACUAGGUUUCAUGUCGCAGCAAUGCAAUGACGGCUAGGAAAUGUACAAAAAAAAAAGUGUGAUGCAUGUGCAAAGUUGUCGUAGUGCUUAUCUAAAUCUAUCGUUUUUUUUUGCCCUUCUCGUCACUGUCGCUGUCGUUGUUGCUUAAACUUGGCCCAAAUUGUUGUCAUCCAAAAAUUUGGCUACCAUGGUAACUUGACGUCACACUUCUCCUCUCUAUUCUCUCUAUAUUCCCCUCAGUGUUUUACAUGUCGUUGAAAUAAGUGCCACUCUCGAAUAAGCACCUCUCUCAUAUAAGCACCACACCUAUAACGGGGAAAAUGAAAUAAGCACUGCACAGUGCUUAAUCGAUCAUUUACAGGACCAACUCUAAAACCCUCAUUUUAGCGAGGUGUGCAUCUUAAAGAAGUGUCCAGUAAGAGGGAGAGAUGACUGAAUCAGUGUUUUUCUUGUGCAUUGUAAAAAUUGGAUUCGAUCCACAUGGGUGAUUACCUUAAUCUGUUCAAAAUUAAUUUUUAAUCUUAAAAAAAUGAAAUUCUUGUCUUGUCCUUCUCACUACAAGUAGCCUUGAUUGAAUUGCAUUUAAGUUUGAUUAUUUUUUUUAGGAAAUGGCAGCUAUUUCAGCAUUCAUGGCCUCAUAUCAGCGCUCUUACCCCACCCACUACAUGGAGACAUCCAUCACUACCUACCUCAAUGCCUGCAGGUAUUAUGCAUGCAUUAUUAUUUUUUUAAGGGUAAUUGUUUAAGAAGCAAUUAUAGCACUCGGGGUGGUCGGAUGUGCCUCGAGCAGCUCUGCAAGUUUUUCUAUGAUUUGUUAACUCGGAACGUAAGUUAAGCAGUUUAUCCACUGUAUAUUUACUUUUAAUGAUGGGAGACAUGAAGCGAUUGAAGAAAGUACGCUGCCAAAAUUUCUUGAAGUAAUUGUGUGUCCUUUCCUAAUUUUAGUAAUAUUAAUUAUUCUCAUUGUAAUGUUUUUGUGUGACUGUUCCAUCCGGGUUAGCAAAUGCUACUUGCAGACCAGUCUCUUUGUGUUGUAUAUUUACAAUUGUUUGUUCAAAUUAAUUUAAAAGUUGAAGUUGAGCUAUAGUAUGACAUUAUUUUGGUAUUCAUUUACAUCAGAGUUACUCUAAUGAAAAUUUAAUUGUAGUGCUGUUAGUCAGGUAAAAUUUACCUGACUAACAGCACUACAAUUACAUUUACAUUUAAUGUUCUUUGCCAUUUUAACUGUUUGGAUAACCAAUUAUGCUGUUAAAACACUCUUCCUUGUGUUUGAGAUGAUAAUGAAAUUAUUACUGCUCCUGUAUAUGUAUGUGUUAGAUUAUCUUGAAUUGUUGAUGCCACAUGUGAAGCUGAUCAUUCCUAUUUCAAACAGUAUCAUUUCUCUCUUUUCUCAAUGUGUUUGUAAAUUUUCUCCAUUUUCAGACAACACCAGUUUGCUAUAAGAGCAACUCUCCUUAGCACUGAAGCACUCAAGUCACGUAAUAUCUUUUUGGACCCUGCGAUGCAGUUCAUGAGAAUGACUGCUGAGGUAGAUUAUUGAUUUACAGCUGACAAGACUCGAGCUCUGCCCAUCCAUUAAUCUUAACAUCAUUUAUGGUUUUUUGUGAGACGUCAUGGAAGGGGCAGGGAAGAUGAAAGAUCUGGGGUAAUGGAGAGGAGAAGUUGUUACGUCACACUGUCAUGGUAGCAAAAUCUCUGCAUGACACCAAACCAAAAGUAUCACAUAAAGAGUGAAUUUGCACUGUUUCAAACUUCAUUGAUCUUAAUCAAUUUCAUUUAAUUUGUCAAAUUGUCUGGGCUUGAAUCCAAGAGGGCUGUAUCUAAGUUAAAAAAAAGAAAAAGAAAACGUUGGUGAACAUUGUGUUUACCUACUCCAUAAAGCGGUCGCUUGAAAUUAGGAAGUUCCAUGUCACAGUCAUGCAACAAUGGUUAAAAUAAUGAAUGGCCACAAACCUCAACCUAAACCUUAAAAUAUCUAUUUUUUCAGGAUUCUGAUCUUCUGUGUGCCCUUCUUCUGGAGCAAGCUGCCCACUGUUUUCUUCACACCAAUCCUCCUAUGAUCCGCAAGUAUGCUUUCAACAUGAUUUUAGCAGGUCAUCGGUACAGCAAAUCAGCCCAGGUACAUACACAACUGAAGGGUGCUACCAUUUGAGGUUAUUAUCGUGAUCUUUUUGCGCUUACUACAGUCUAUUUAUUGUUUGCUAUCCAACAGAGGAAGCAUUCUUUGAGAUGUUAUCGUCAAGCUCUUUAUGUUUACAAUGAAAAGUCAUGGCACCUUGCUGAGGUUUGUGUCUUAUUAUUAUUAGCCUUUUUGUUUUCUACCUAAGUUUUUUUUUUCUAAGGAAACCUUUUACCGCGGCAGUCGGUAGAGCGCUUGACUGCAGAGCGGGAGGUCGCGGGUUCGAUUCCCGGCGCUAACUGAGAAAUGAAGGUACUUCCUUUGCCCUGCAAACGGUUAGACCUUCGCGUGGCUCGGAUGACCACGUAAAAAUAGUGUCCCUAAUUAGUAUUUUCGUGCUAAAUACAUUGGCACUCAAAUAAAGUGCAUUUUUUUUGUUAGCUCCAUUCUAAUUGAUUACAAAUCCUGGACUCAUUUCGGGGCGCAAGAAUUCUAGCAGAGCUUGGUGGCCUAUGCCCAACAUUAACUGUUGCACUCAGGCAACUAGAAAAUCUUAGUUUUAUUUUGUCAAACAAAUCAUAUGCUAGGCACUUAAGAUUUUACAGGUUCAUUGCGUCAGGCUUACUUCUACUUUCCUUAGAAAGCAGCCGUACAUUUAGUGAAAUCUAGACUCACAUUUAGGGCCUGUUUACAUGAAGGUGGGGGACUCCAGGUAGGUGAGGUAACCCGCAGCGGGUCACGCCAUCUAUCAUGUAAACGUGAUCAAAUUAAAAUGAGAGAUUAUAUGGACAGGAGGGUUACCCCACCUAAGCGGGUUACCUCACCUACCUGGGGCCCCCCACCUCCAUGUAAACAGGCUCUACGUUGAAAAGUCCCGUGCGUGUAUAGCAUUUUUUUAACUUAAUUUAAAAGCUGUUGGUGUUGGCCAAGUUUUGUAAUUUUGCUGGCGUCUUCUCUUUGUAGGACCACAUUAACUUCACGCUUGGCCGACAGUCAUUUAACUUGCGUUUGUUGGAGGAUGCACAAACAUUCUUUAGACAACUUUUAGAGUAUGAAAGCCUUCAAGUACCAGAGCAACAGGCUUCCUACCUCAGGGAAUUUCUAUUUGUUUUUAAGGUAUUUAUUGAAAGUUAGCAGUAGACUGCGCAAGGUAUUAACGGAGGCUAGUUGGGGUUCAAUUAGCCUCCUAAGCAGUCGUUUUUACGAGCUCUCCUAAAAACGCCUGCUUUGGACUAUGCUAGGGUUCAUUGAACUAAACUUGUACGAAUGUACGUGUGAGAUCACAACUUGGCUGACCCCCACCCUUCUCGCAGACUUAUACAGCCUGAACAAAGACAGAAAAAACGCCUUUGGAAAGAGGCAGUAACGCGAGAUUAAUCUCGCUAUCUGUACGGGCUAUUUAACAGGCGGAGAACAAACACAGCGUUUACUCGUAGAAAAUAUGCAAUACUAAGUUAACUACAUUGUAUAAUCGAUGGAUCAUCGCUUCUAGAAAAUUUGCUUCAAAACGGCUAUCUCUAAAAGCCGUUACAUAAUACAACAGGUUCAAUGCUAUCAAGAUUUUGUGUAGGAAACGUCUUUUAUUGGCGUCAACUGCUUUUUGUUUGUAGUGUUCAGGUAUUCUAAGCACUUUCGUGUAUACGUAGCAGCGUGUUGUGAGUUUAACAAAUAGAUUCCAUGCUGCCGUGCGUCUGUUCAGUAAUAGAUCACAGAUGACGUCAAAAUGUCGUAAGUAUUUUCAAUUUAGGACGUCUUCUUUUUUUGAACUUGGACUCAUUGGUUAUGGACAGGGACUCAUGAUUUUUCACAAGAUCAGUCCCAGGACUCACCAUAACUAUUUGUAUUAAAAUCACUGCAAUUUCAUCUCUUUCAGCAACUGAGUGAUAUGAAACCGAAGGAGAAAUCACAAGUAGAAAGACUUUCUGUUUUACCAUUGCCAUUGAUUGAGCAAGAUUUAACAAGAGUAAUACCUUGCUACCAACAUGGAUUGCUUCAAAGCAAACUUAGAGAAAGAAAGGUUAUGAACAAUACGCAUGAAUCAAAAGACAACUUUUUGAAUCAAGUAUUCACUGCGAAAGAUGAACUAGAAAAAAAUCAUAACUGGACAUUUAUAGGACUUGCUUCUUUUGAGGACAACUUGGACCUUAAACUUGCGCAGCAUUGGAUUCAACUGGAACAAGAGACUUUUGAGAGUGUUAAUAUCACUCCUUUGCCUCCGUCUUUUCGUCCUCAUAUGCCAUAUCUCAGCUGCAAGACAGAUAACACAUCAAGACCUCUCUGUGUUGUUAGAGGUAAAUGAAGUUUAUUUGUUCCCUACCAAGUCAGCGAAAAGUUACUAGAUAGUAAAACGUGUACUCUGGGGUUCUCCAACAGCUACGAUAACUGGCCAAAAUCGACGCUUAAUCGCCAGAGACGCGCUGGCCAGUCUCAGAUAACACUCACACUUUGUGGCCGGUUAAAGCGAUGGAAAUAAUGAGAACUCACUUGAAGAAGGCGAUGGUGACGAAAACGUCUUUAUUAAAAUGAAUUCGUUUUUUUUUCCAAACUUCGUCAUGAUAAUUAACAAUUAUUUCAAGUAGCGAAUGAAGCUAAUUUUAGAAAAGGAAAGCAAAGUUUAUGUCCAUCAUAAAACGUUGCGCAAGGAAAUUUUGCGUCAGAGUGAGAUGCGUAAACAGAGUCGAUUUUUUUGUUUAUAAAAUCCAUUUGUUUUUUUUUUGGACGUUCUCACUGCCGUCGCUGUCACCGUCGUUACCAAAGCUCCCCACAUUUUAGUCGAGGUGUGGUAGUGGCAAGUUAAAGUUUUUUUUAUUUCAAGGGUUGGUAUUUCCAGGCCACCAUUCUCACAUGUUUCGUCCUACAAAUACUUUGCUUGCUGUACAUUGUCAUCCUCCAAGAACCAGUGACAAAAUCAAACAAACAUAAAAUCUCACCUUUCAAAAUACAGAAAGCAAAUAUUUCCAUGCGACAGUGCAGUUUAAUUUAAGCAAAACACUGCUGGUUUUUACCCACAGACAGGGAAGGGUAGGAAGAGUUUCUGUUCUGGGUAUGACGCAUUUACAGUGAUAAGAUUGUUUUGUUACUCCUGGCCUUACCAUUCAAGUUGUGUUCGUGUUUCAGAAACUGUUGGAGUUGAAGUAGUUUUGAAAAACCCGUUAAAGAUUCCACUUAACUUGACAAAUCUGUUAUUACUGUGGACAUUCACCCCGGAAAAUCAACAAGAAAGCAUCUCCAACGAGGUUAGUAAAGCUCUGAUUACGUACAUGAAAACGCUCUCAAGUUUAAAUCCCAAGGGGGAGCUGGCCACCCAACAAUGAAUUAUCAACUACAUGACGUAAUAUUAACUAUAUAGGCGCACGGUCACGUGAUUACAAAAAUCUCUUGGAUGGGUAGAUUACCAAAUUUUCUUAGGUAUGGGGCUACGCUUGCGCGUGGAGCUCCGCUACUAUUCUUGGUUCGCAGUCACGGGACAAGGCAGCCGUGUUGGUUCACAAAACAGUACCAGUUUUUUCGCGCCAAUUUGCGUGAAAAAAGAGUUUUAAUUUCCAGGCCAGGGAAAGGCCUUUGUUCUUGUCAACCAACAUGGCCGCGGUCGUGACGUCAGCUGAAAACCAGCAAUAUUAAUUUGUGCUCUUGUCAUUGAAGUUCUCUUCCAGGAAUGAAGUUAUUAAAACAGAAGUAAUCAAGAGUUUUGACAUCAAUGGGACUGAGACAAAACCUGUAAGUAAAUUUUACAUCGAUUUGAAUGACAUUUGAAGAUAGAAAAUUGUUAUAUGUGUGAAUGUUCCGAUGCAUUUUGCGUCUACAAACCUUUUAGUCAAAAGUAACUGAGCAAGAAGAUCAGUAGGUUUUCUCAGCGCAAAAUUUAAAUUCUGCCUGUAAACCCCAACAUCAAAAUUUCAAUUCUCAUUUUCAUUCCUUUUCGUUUCUUGAAGAAUCAAUGGGGAGAAGUUUUUAAAUUAUCAAUUCAAUUCAUCUUGUGUGAUCAUGUCUUCAUAUUCUCGUGACGACUCUGUUUUAUGAAUUAAGAUGUCAUUGGGAGAAAUUUGAUGUUAAUUACUCUUGCGGCUUAAGGGUUAGGGUCAAAGAGAGACGCUUAUUCGGGGUUGGAUAAGUGAUUAGGUUUCGUAAAUUUACUUUGCACAAAUAAUCCCUUGGAAUACAGGCAACACUGUGAGAAGGAGGAUACCUCUCUUUUGCACUCACUGUUUGCAAAAUGAACUUUCUGUCACUGUUUAACUUUUAAUAACAAGUUAUACACAUGAAGGCGUUGUUUGAUGCAGGCUCGUCUUAUACAGUUCUAGACAGGUCGUCUUUGCACACUCUGUCUGUUUGCAAAAUGAACUUCCUGUCCUUGUUUAACCCUUUAAGUCCCAAUAGUGACCGACAGCAAUUUUCUCCUAACGAUGUCCAUACAUUGUCAAGAGAUAAAGUUAUGAGAAUUAGUAAAAUGAUCACCAAAGAGAAAAUGCCUUGAUUUUUUAUCAAAUUCUCUCAACUAAUUCUUAAAGAAAAUGUAUGGAGAUCAGUUUGGAGAAUUUGCAUGUGGAUGUUGGUGCUUAAAGGGUUAACUUUUAAUAACAAGUUAUUUACAUGAAGGCGUUGUUUGAUACAGGCCCGUCUUACACUCAUACCGUACCAGACUGGUCGUCUUCACAUCACAGGAAUAAAAUACAGUUUGAGUAGUGUGGCUAUCAAUGGACCUAUUGAAGAAAAAUUCUCCACAUCUACUGCCUCAAAUUCAGCUAUGGCCGCCGUCAGUAUUUUGGGUAAAAACGACUUGGUAGUGAAGGGCCAGAGAAUGAAUAACACCAAAGCGGAGAAGACUAGUGUUAUUUAUGGAAAGGACUAUCGUCUUAACUUGGAAGUGGUGUCGGCAAUGCCUUUACUUGAGGUGUGUACUGACGCUUUUAGUAGAACAGUACUGCUAAAAUAUAGAUUAGAGAUUAUUACUUUAUUUGACUAAUUGCCAACAACAAACGCAACCCACAGAUGGAUUCGCCUUCGAGAUUCAAACCGGGGCCAUAUUGGUGGGAGACAAGGAGUCUCAACAGUGCCCCAUCCACCCUUGCUACCCAAAAGAACCCGCCUUGGUAACGGUAAUUCAUUUUUUUGGCUAACAGCAGGCAAGGAAGAUUUACACUUAGAGCGUACAGCUGUAAGCAACAUUUGAUUAAUUGUUGAGACCAUUUAUGUUAUAAACGAGCCUUUAAACUUAUAAUCGAUCGCUAAGUCCAUAUGGCGUUCACCGCAGGUUCGCUUUGCUGGAUUUCCAAGCCAUCUUCUGUGUAACGAAGUGGUGCAAACUGUGGCAGAGUUCACAAAUUGCAGUGAUUGCCACCUCGAGAAACUCUACAUCACUACGCCCAACCCAGAAUUCUUUACUUUUGGGCGAGCACCAUUAUCAGCGGGUGAAACUACAACAGUGAGCGAUGGUAAAAGUGACUCAAUAGUGGAUGAUAUCACUCGAGUCUCCGAAGUUCCCAUCCCGGAGGGAGGUCUUCCCCCAGGGAGUUCUACCAAACUACCGGUCUGGGUUCAUGGUCACAAGAAGCCUGGCAGAUUUAAGCGCGAGGUGCUGUUUUACUAUGUGCCUCCAGAGAAUACGUCUCUACUGAGGUGAGGUGUACCUUAAUUUAUCAUGGUAUUUUAUCCUUAGUUGUUAUUUUCAACAAUAAAUAAGUUGCGCUGGAAUCUCUUGUAAGGAUUCAGGCUGUCAGCUUCGAAAAGUCGCUACCUGUAAAGAGCGCAGGCAUCCCAAGCAGAAAAUGCAAGUGCUGAUGUGAACUUAGCCUGAGUAAACAGCCGACACUUCGCGACGCCACCAGUGGUUUUCCCGCGAAAUGACGUCUGAGAAACGAGCGAAGAAAUUCCAUACUGAUGACGCGUUACUACCCGGAAGUGGCUUGUGCUUCUGAUUGGUCGAUUCGAAGCUAAUGUUUAGCCAAUCAGAAGCACUACACACUGCGCUCGUUUCUCAGACGUCACCUCGCAGGGAAAGCAGUAGUGGCGUCUCAGGCUAAGGCUCGAUUGCCACUGCUGUUCAGGAUUUGAGCCUGCGCUCCUCCCCUCUCUGUUCGAGGAGGAAUAAGACCCGACCAAACAGAGCAAACGUUAGAUUCACGUUGAGAAAUUCUCAAAGUAGAAAAUGAUUUGAUAAAAGCAGCUUAGAACAAUUCUUAUGGAUAAAACCGGUGAGAGAGACUAGCAUAAUGUGUUUAACAACUUAAUAAGACGGGCCGGGGGACUUCAACAUAAUCAUCUUCUGACCGCAAGAAAUUUAAUGAUAAUUCCUUUAUCUUUUUACCAAAAGCACGAUCGCUUAAGCAUUUUAAUCGAAUAAGGAAUUGAGUUCCAAAUUUGAGAACCGGUUCGUGUGGUUUCUUCGAUCGGUAAACGACAACUGAAGGAAAACUUAGUCACGUGGUACAAAUUUACGUUUGUUGUUUGCCGUGAGCGUGACUCUAAAUCUCUCUAAUAUGACCUCUAUAUCAAUGUUGUGAUUAGGGUUUUCUUCUGCAAUUGAAUACGUUCAACUCUAUUUUAACAGUUUCCUCUAUGAGAUAAACACUAACUUCCUUAAAACGGACUGCAACAAGACUCGGUCCGUGCCAUGCUUUAGUUAGUUUCUACGACCCUCAACUAGGCUGACAGAGUCGUGCCGGCCCUAACAGUGUGAGUUUUGGUGAAACUCUCGGUGUCGAUCGCUAACUAAUUUACGGUUUAAUUUUCUAGAUAUCGAGUACUUCAACAUGCUUUCAAUGUCACCACAAAUAGUUCUGUUGGUGUGCAUGCCACUGCAAGACGGAACAGACAUUCGGCUCUAUCGCAGAGGUAUGUUUAUGUUACAAACGUAAUGUAUGUAAUGAGUCAUUGCACUCUUUGAUUGUUGAGGAAACACGUCGCAGAGCGUUUUAUACCCAUUUUGUUCAAGUUCAUGGUAUAUUUUGUCUUUUUUCGUUUUUCCCCUUGUAUUUUAGUGUUUCCAGCUAUCUUUUUAUUAAAAAUUUAAUUUUUGCACGUCUUCAAUGCAUUGUAGGUAUUAAAAUUCUAGUUGGCAGGGUAAGCUAAGCUACAGUGAGAAACAGAUAAUGUUUCAACGGCGAAUCUUCCUGAACAGUAAAGAGGUCUAAAUAAUGCUAAAUUUCAUGUUUAUUAUUCUGCAGUUCCGAGGAUCGAAAGUAAAGCUAAACUUCGUGUUCAUUAUUUCGUAGUUCCGAGGAUCAAAAUCAGCUCAUUGUGGCACUGGAUGUUGAAAGUCUUGUUAGGGUUAGUGAACUUUUUACCAUUUUCUCGUCAACAUGAACUAAAAGAUUGAUACUUCUGGGCCAAACAUAGGAAAACCUGUAUUCAUUGGACCCUAAUUUAAACAGACACUGUGUAUUGAGGGACAGAUGGUGAUAGCCUUCGUGGGAGUAACAAAUUUGGAAGAAGGAGGGGGGGGGGAGGGAGCGGAGGGAGGGGUAGGGAGAAAAAUGGUGAAAGGGAAAAGGGACUUGGUCCCUUCUCUUGUCUCCCCAGCCCCCCUACCCACCCCUUUCCCCUUCCUAUCCCUUGUGACGCCUUCCGUUUAAGCUGCUGGCGAAGGCUGUGUGAGUAUCCGCAUAAUCCAGGUUUCGCUUGACGCCUCUUGUACUCACAAAAAACGUGCAGUAUACGGAGGUGUUGUCGGGGAAUUUUUCUUUCUCUUAGAAUGGACUGAAAUAUGAGAAAACCCUCUGUAGUCAUAGAUAAACACAAAGGAAAUACAGCAGAGCCUUAAAGGGAACCUAGAUGGACAACCAUUUAGCAGAUUCAAACGGACUGUAUUCGGAUAAACUUCAAAAGCAUCCACCCGCUCCUUUUCAAGUUUGCAAACAAAGUCAGCUUGAACAUCACGACAUUGCUCUUUUGACCGACUCCUACACUGGACCCCUUUCAUUUAAAUUGUACUACUUUUUCUCCUUGGUCUUUUGGUUACAUAUACUGGCCGCUUUAACUCUGAGUUCCGAGAUGACCUAGUAUAUCGAAAUUUAGCCGAUAGGAAUUUGUGCAAAUCUCCGUGUGUUUUCAAUUUUUAGAAGAACGUUCACAGUAUCCCCCUAUGGGAAACAUUCCCAAAACGUUUGGUAUGGAGUACGUUAUGUUGAUUUGCUUGUUCAUUGAACUUUGUUUUGUUUACAAUGCAGGGGGAUGUUGCCAGAAAACACAUUGAAUUUUCUGUGGUUCAAGUUUCUUGUGCAAGCAGAAAAUGGAUUCUGCAGCCCCUGAGUCACCAUAAAACUGGUACUUUUCAUUUUUCAUUUUGUCCUUUUGUACUUAGGCUUCUGACUAGCAGUUUUCAAAAAAAAAAAAAAAGAGAAUGAUCAGUUACUCUCCGGUCCCCUCGCCAGGGGCCCGUGGUAGCAAGAGAGAAUAACAGGCAGAGAGGGAAACGCCCAGUGUAGCCCUUUGAUUUGUGAAUUUCACCAAAGUUAUUUUUAGACCAAAUAGACGCUUAAAAUUAAUCGGAAACUGGUUUCUAGGGAGGCCGGCAAACGUUUAUUCAAGUUUGUUAAGAGCGAAUUCAACAGUCGCCAUUACAAUAUUCUGCAUUGUUUGUUUUGGGGCAGUCACACGUUUCAAACGACCAAUAAAAAUGUGCGGACGUCUCAGGAAUUCCUCCUUUUAAUUACAACCUCUAAAAUUACUUUACUGAAAUUCACAUAUCCCGGCCAACACCCCAAGAUUCCCUCAUUAUUCUCUCUUGGUGAUAAUUGAUGUAGCAUUCCAAGAAACGUAGUCUCUCCAUUCUUAUCAUCAUUUUGGUCGAGCAAGUCUGGGUUUCUCCACAAAUGAAAAACACCUAUUUUUCAGUAUCACAUCCUUUUCGUUAUUUUCUUGCGAAGAAUGAAAGACAUGUAUGAUGUUGUACCAAUGACUGUUAAUGCACUUGUUCAGUUGAUCAAUGUAGAUGGCCAGUGUCCUCCUCAGACUAACGUUGGUGUGCUCUUUUCUGUUCACAGAUGGUGCAAUUAAAGUCAGAUAUGGCGAAACCGUCAUGGUCCAAUUUAAAGCAACAAAACGGCAAGGUAAAGAGCCCUUUUUUUUGGUAUGGGGUGAUUUUCUCACGAACCCAAUAAAUACGAAAUCCAAAGUGAAAAGUUUCAUUAGAAAAGAAGUAAAAGCUGCGAUGCUUACUACAUGUAUAAUGCCACUUUGGGACCUUCAUCACACCUAAUUUUUAAACAUUCUUUGUUUGUCUAAACAGGUGAAUGCAGUUCCACGGCUGAACUUCAUUUUAGUCACGUGUGCUUCGUGGAAAGUGAGGUAAGCUGGAGGCAGCGUGGCCGAGUGGUCAACGCGCGGGACUCACAAUCCAACGGUCCCGGGUUCGAGUCCCGCUCCCUCCCAUCACGCUUGAUUUGUUUUUCGGUGUCCCCAAUUCAAAUCCUCGGUCAUUCUUGUAAGUAGCUAACUAAGUGUCUCCUGCUAAUUGCGGUUUUUUUUAAUCCUGUUAUGUUUUAUUUGGAUAUUUGUUGCGCGAAUUUGUACCCUUUAUCAAGUUUCCCCUUUACUUGUCGUUUACUGUUCAUUAUUUUUUGUACACCUAAAUUAGUAGUUUCACGCAAUAUUUUUAUCCAUAACAGUUGUUUUUAGCUGUUUUUAUCCGCUUAUUUUUUAUUUUGAGAAAUUCACAACUCGAAUCUGACGUUUGCCGUUCGCCGUAUACGUGAAGAUUAGACUCUCUAGUAGCCUGAAACUAAGUGCACUUCCACUAUAAACAAAUCUUUCCCUUUACCUUUCAUUUUGAUUUUUUUACGUUUUUAUUUGCUUCUUACACACAUAGCAACGUAAAUACAAAAGAAAUGCACUUAAAUGCAAAAGAAACAAACAAACAAAAUCAUUAAGAGGAAAGAAGAUUAAUUAAUAUAUUACUAGUAAAGUUGCUGGUAGCGUAAGUAAUUUUUUUUCGUCUUUUGGAAGACAUUUACCUUUUACGGUCAUGGCGGUAACCCUGUGCACACUUAAAUGGUUUUGCUGUAAGGUAAUAAGUGACAUUAUAAGUGUAUUUUUUUGUUGUAGAUUCCUGCUUCAUCUUCGCCUGCUGUGGACUUUUUCUUCAGAUCAGAUUCUUGGCAAGAGCAGAAAAAACUUUCACAGACCAAAGAAGCUGGGAGCGUCGAUGAUGCCUCACAAGUGGAUAUCGGUUUAAUUGUUUUUUGGCAGGUAACUUGAGUCCUAAGUUCUCCUUGGCUUCUAGAUAACAAACUGUGUUCUUCAGUUGCUCCGCAUAAAUGACUAUAAUUGAGUUAUGUUGUGCAUUAAUUUUAGUGGUCAAUAAGGUGUGCAUUGUACAAUUCUCACUUUAUGUUUCAGUUUCAUUACAGACCUUUAGAUUUGAGGACGAGAUUUAACUUACAAGUUUCUUUUCGUUUUCUCGAAAAACAUAUACACCUCGUAAAGCUUCAUUGUCCUCUUUGUUAUCAGAAAUAUUAGCACGGUUACUUUUAUUGAAGGAGUUUAAGCGCUCUCCCGGUCGCAAAAUAAUAAGACCUCUAACUGUUGUUGUUCCCGCCACAACGAAGUUCUUGCUAAAACUCGUAAUAAAAUGACGACGGCUAUCACGUUUUCCCGCCAAAAUGACGCUUGUUCACCCGUCCGCACUACUUAGUAUUGAGAAAAUUUCGUACUCGUAGUCGUCCUUGUCUUAGAGUCUAAAGAUCUCCAUUUUCCCUUCUUGACCAGACGUCUUACAUAGACAAGGAUUUCCAGCAGCAAAUUGUUAAUGGUCAGAGCCAUGUCAACAUCAGUAGAUUGGCGGAAACUGUUUCAGCUUUGACACAGGCUCAGGUAAGAAAAUAACUCCUUGCGUUUAUAUACUUUUGAAUUUGACUUGGGUCAUAUUUCUCUUGAGGACUACUUGAAGAGCACAGAACUAAAAUCUCCUCUUGUGACGAAAGGCGGCGCGUCGAAAUGUGGAUAAAUCUUUAUAAUCGUGGUCUGUAAACUACGUAGCUCUCUCCCUCUGAGUAUUCUUUGCCUUUGUGUCUAUGGUUGUGUGUGUUUUGUUUCUGUUGCUGCUUGCUUUUGUGCCUUGAUUCACCCUUUCAACAUUCUGAUCAUUCAGUGACGCUGACAAGCCAUUGUUCUUAGGUGUCUUUUCAGGUACAGCCCACCGAACCAGUUUCGAAUGAAACAGUGUCACCCAGUGGCUUGAACAACCAAGAAUUACUUGUUAAAUAUUCGCUCCGUCAUCCCGCGUCACUGCAAGUGGACUUUAGCACCAGCAGGUAAUUUUAAAGGCCAGAGUUUGUCCACGUGGAAGGUGUUGAAUGACUAAAUACCUCGAAACGUUUUGUUUUAAAUACCAAAUAAACAUCACUAUAAAUAUAUGGUGAGUAGUGCAAUGCUUCUUCUGUUUGGACAAGUGACCCUUUCACCCUAAAACGUUUGAUAAUGCGGUGCUUUUUUGUACUUCCAAAGCCAUGUUUCGAACUGACAAAAAUUUAUCGGUCCUUUUUGAUCAUUAUUAAGAGGAAAUUGGGAACUUAUUAUUUUAUUGCAUUUUUACCGACAAAUCCUUGGUGGCUACGUUCAAAAGUUUAUCCUGCACCUGAGUUUUACCUGUAAUGUGAUGUUGUUGUUGUUUUUUUGUUUUCAGAUUGGCACGUCUUUCAGUGGAACUCUUGUUGCAUAACUGCUGCUCAAAACCUGUUGAUGUGUUUGUGGAAUUGUUUUCCAGGUUGCGCAUUUUAAUUCUCUAUUGUUUUUAGGGCUAACAUUAUCUUGAGAGCCUUUUCCUUCAACUUGGCGACCAGAGAAAGCCUUGAAACAAGCUCUUAUACUUUUUACACUGGAAUCUGAAUGACAUGCCUUGACAUGUUGCUCAUUCCCAAUCAAAGAACCUCGUCAUUUUGCCGUCCCCAAGUUUUGUACCCCCUCUCCCCCCUCCCCACUUCUGCCUUCCCUUACCCAAACCCCUAGUCAUACGACCUUGAUCCGUAGGAAUCCCUUGCGGCAUGACGGUAUGUAUCAAAAUUUGCUGUCUUGAAUAAAAUCCCAUGAAAUUCCCUCGGACCCCGCUGGAGGCGUUUGAACACGAUGUAAAAACACACAUGCCACAUGUUUUCCUGUUACUUUCAAACAAGUUGUCCCUUUGAGUUCCUUACAUCUCUGGCUUCUUUCUAGUGUUGGAAACUCGACUGCAGUCUUAGAAGAUAAACCUACCGACGCCCAAGACAACUUCUUUUCAUUCGACACGGAUUCCAGUCCUGCAUCAAAAUCGUCUCCCACUUCCCUUACUUGGAUUGGGCAAACCUCAAGGAGAUUUCACUUGCCCUCAAGCGGAUCUUCGUCGUUGGUAUUCCGCGCUCUAGUUACUCUUCCGGGCGUUUAUAACAUGAACAAUUUUCGCGUCCUCGCGAAGCUAUCCGAAGAACUUGAACCUGGGGGCAGUAUGGUUCUUCAAAAGCCUUGUCCGCCCAGCUUUGUGGUUGUGGAGAACACUUCAUGACCUCUGUGGAGAAGAAAAAAUUACAUUGCUUAAGAUGUUUUAUGAACCAAUUUUCUAGUAAUUUUGAGAGUACUAUAGCCAUCAAUAUCGUUAAUCUGAAACAAUAGACUACAUUUUACCCCCCCAAACCCUGUUUCAGCGAACAACCGAUUUAUUCGUCUUUAGUUUCCUUGUGUUAGUAUUAACUCAUAGGCGACAAGAACUUGAAAUUUUUUGUAACGAAUAUUUCGUAACCUCGGUUGAUCGUCCCAACCUUUGACGUUUCGAUAUCCGAUCGCGUGAUCUUAACCGCUAAAGCGGUUUGCUUUAGUUGCCUUUUAAGACUGCGCAAAUAAAAUCGUCGGGUCCGAUCAGUUUUGCACCUGUCAAUACUAAGCUUGCCACUCUGGCAAAAUUUCCGGACAUUUUGGUCCAAGUAUGAAUGCUCUGUCACAGGUGGCUGUUUUCCGGAAAAAGUGAGCCACUUCUAAAAGUGGUCGACCUGUUAGCGCGGUUGGACAGAAACUUACGGUUCCUUUUUUUAGAAUUAUUGUUUCCAGUUGCACCUCAACGAAAAGUUACCAAAUUUCGGUUGAGGGGUAAAUGGAAUGCUUUGGUCUCGUUAGAACACAGUGUUUCGAUCGUACAAUGUUUGUGUCGAUUUGUUACUUAGGUUAGACCCAAUGGACUUUAGACCGGUCGAUUUGAGUGUAACUGUACUGUAGGUCCUACUGGAUAGUAGUCGAGACCUUCAGAUUCAAGGAAGAGGGCGAUAAAGACGAGAUUUAACUUUACGUUUUUUCGUUUUGUCUUAAAAAAUAGAUACACCGGAAAGCUUCCUUGUACUUUGUUGCACCAGAGAGUUGACACCGUUAUUUUUAGUGACGGAGGUUAAGCCCUCCCUCGAUCGCAAACAGUUCUAACAUUUCAUGACUUGUUUCCAAGUCUACGACAUAUUAAAAUGCGUAGUAGAAUGAUGACGGCUACCACCGUAUUUUCCCGCCAUAAUCACGCUUAUUUACGCGUGAUCACUUCUUAGUAUUGCGAAAAUCUCGUACUCGCAGUCGUACUCGUCUUUGAAUCUAAAGAUCUCAAGAGUGUUCUGUGCCAAGGCAAGGUCCCAGUUUAAAAACGCUUGUACGGAGCCAGACAGGGUUACACACGUGGAUCUUGCACUUGGCUUAGUGUUCUUCUCUCAGAUUAACUAUCAUCAUGGGUAAUUUUUUCAGGUAAGAUUUCACAAAAUCACAAAACUGUAAAUAAAAAAGAAGAAAGUAUAAGCUGUUAAGUGAUUGAGCUCGCAAUCAGUAAAUCCAGGAAAAAAAUUAAUCGCUCGUAAUGUGCUGGUGACUGAAAUCAAAGCGUAUAGCGAGACUUUUUAUGACAUUGUCCAUAGUUAGGUAAAAAAGUAUUUUUAAUGAAACAGUAUAUGUUGUUGUCUUUUCACCAGUGUUCAAUACGAAUUGGAUUUG